CGUCCAGCCAGGGCCACACGUGAGACUGACCAGUGGGCCCCACUGUCGGUUGUACCCCAGUUGAGGUGACCACUACGCCACCACCUUUCCAAUUCCAUUCCCAUCCCAAGUCCAACCAAGAGUGGAGCAGAGACUCACUGGAGACCAAACCCUAGCUGCCAUGGCAAUGGCGACGUCGAUCUCCGCCGGCUUCGGCGGCGAGCCCGGCGCGGUGCUCGCCCCGUCCGCCUCCGUCCUCCCCGCCCCGCGCCGGCGCAACCCCGCCACCAGCUCCAAGUUUAGUUCAUUUCCUCGUGGACGAUCUUGCAACAUCAUGCUUACUCCUAAGCAUCUAGGCAUUGAGCACCAAAGCUGUUCAAAGAGCUCCAUUCAGACUUUUGCUCUUUCAAGGAAUGACUUCUCUCCUAUUGCUCAAGAGGUGGAAGGCUUUCUUCACAACAUUGUUAACAUGGGGUUUCUUGAUCGUCUGAAAUUAGCAUGGAAGAUAAUCUUCCCAGCACCAAGCAUUAAGGAGAACUCUAAUGCAAACAUCGCAAAGCAGAGGCUUAAGAUGAUACUGUUCUCCGACAGGUGUGAAGUGAGUGACGAGGCAAAGAAGAAGAUUGUUGAGAACAUCGUUGAGGCACUCUCUGAAUUCGUGGAGAUAGAAUCACGAGACAACGUCCAGGUGGAUAUCUCAACUGAUGCUGGCCUUGGCACAGUAUAUUCUGUGACCGUUCCUGUUCGCCGUGUCAAGCCUGAGUACCAGGAAUCUGAAGAGCAGUACAGAGGGAAGAUCGUAGGUGUUGACUUCAAGGACACUGGAGAAACAUCAGGCAGCGUCGACGUUACGUUCGAUUUCUUCGUGCCCAACAAGAACUACUGACCGUUGUAUUCCCCUUUUGCUUCCGAGUAUCCCAGAACUCCUUGGUUAGAAUGUUCAAUUUGUUGAAGGCUUUCUUCGCAAUCUUGGUUAGUCUAAUGUACAUAUCUAGGCUUUUGUUUGUCUCUGCGUUUCAUGUAAUUUUAUUUUGAAUUUUUGUUCUGAAGGUGGCAAAUAUCAGUACCGUGGGGUUAGUCCAACUUGGAUUUUCCGAAGAAAUGUUUAUUUAUAAGAAAAUAACGUUGUGCGCUCGUGCUGAUGUUUUGCCAGAUACACUAUGUUCUGCCAUGUCCCAAUUUUGUAAUGUGAUUAAAUCAAUCAUCACCUGAUGCA